AUUGAACGCGGGCGGGCGCAGAGUAAAGAAGUUUCUUGCUCUCCAGCAAGGACACCCCGUCAAGCAAACGCUGCUACAGAAGGAUGGCGGCUACCAUGGGACCGCCUUCGUCUGUGUAUUCGCGAGCUGUCAGCGAGCUCUGCCAGAAUCCCAGAGAAACGUUUUUAGAGGCCUCCCGCUUGCUGCUUACCUACGCGGAUAAUAUCAUCAGUCACCCAGAUGAAGAAAAAUACCGAUCUAUUCGGAUUGGAAAUCAAGCAUUUUCCACUAGAUUGUUGCCUGUCAGAGGAGCUGUUGAAUGUUUGUUUGAAAUGGGGUUUGAGGAGGGGGAAACACACCUUGUUUUUCCUAUGGAAGCAUCGAUUGAUAAGCUGCGCAAAAUUCGAGACCUAAUUGCUGGGGAAAGAAGUAGUCGGUUAAAUGGAAUAAAUCAAAUUGAAAGGUCAGGAUCCUCUGAGGGGGUUACAUACACGGCACCUGAUGCUCCUCAACCAGCAAGAACAGCCAGCUCUAGUCUUGCCCCCAUCGACAGGACACCACAGUCAUCAGCUGCUGAGUCUGCUGUGAUGACACAUGAACCUGUUUUGUUAAAGACACUUCAAUCAAACUUUCAGCAUGUAAUGAUAUAUGAAAACCCUGGUUUACAAAAGAAAGCAUUGGCUUGUAUCCCUAUCUGGGAACUGAAAAAGAAAGCUCACGAUAACCUAACACAAGCAAGAAAGGUUGACAGAGGAACCCUUGUGAAUGAACAGGAUUUUCUAUUGCUGGAGCUUCUGAACUGGUUUAAAUGUGAUUUUUUCCAGUGGGUAAACAACCUUCCUUGCAGCAAGUGUGAGGGCCAGACAGAAUCUAAAGGUAAUUUGAUACCAAGUGAUGAUGAUCUGAGAUGGGAUGCGAGUCGAGUUGAAAAUCACUUCUGUAACCAAUGCCAGUUUAGCAACAGGUUUCCAAGGUACAAUAAUCCUGAGAAACUUCUGGAAACUAGGCAAGGGCGCUGUGGAGAGUGGGCCAACUGCUUUACCCUCUGUUGCAGAGCUGUAGGUUUUGAAGCAAGAUAUGUUUGGGAUGCAACAGAUCAUGUGUGGACAGAAGUUUAUUCUUCAUCACAGCAGAGGUGGCUUCACUGUGAACCUUGUGAAAAUGUCUGGAAUAAACCCCUUCUGUAUGAGAUUGGAUGGGGGAAAAAACUCUCAUACAUUAUAGCAUUCUCUAAAGAUGAGGUUGUUGAUGUUACCUGGCGAUAUUCUUGCAAACAUGAAGAACUGCUUUCUAGAAGGACACAGUCGAAGAAGCGGUGCUACGUGAAAACCAUCAAUAACCUUAACAAAACUAGACAGCAAUCUUUAACUGAAGGCAGAAGAAGGGAACUCUUAGAGAGGAUCAUUGUGGAGCUUGUUGAAUUUAUUUCCCCUAAAACUCCAAAUUCAGGAGAACUUGGUGGAAGGACCUCAGGAUCCUUGGCAUGGAGAGUAGCCAGAGGUGAAACUGCUUUAGAGAGCAAAGAAGUUAUUUUUAUUCCAACUGGAAAAGAGAAGGCCUUGAAGCUUCUCCACCUCAGAUAUAAUAUAGUGGAAGAUUGUUACACGCGAGUAUCCAAUAAUAAUGAAAGGAUAAAUGGCUGGGAGAAAGGCCUAUGGAAAAUGGAAUCUAUAUGGAGAAAGGUUGAAUCAGACUGGAAAAUGGUUUACUUAGCCCGAAAAGAAGGAUCAUUGUCUGGUUGCAUCAGCUGGAAAUUUGACUGUAGUUCUGUUGGUCUAAAAAUAGAAAACGUUUCUGUCAAAACGAGCAGUCAGACAUUUCAGAGUGGAAGAGUGAGGUGGAUGCUGUGCUCUGGAAACAUAGAAGUUGAUGUAAAUGGAGAUAAAAACCUUCACUCUUACUCUGAUAUUUCCAAUGUAACAGAUGUUCUUUUGAAAGCAGAACUAAGUGGAGGGGAUGGUGAUAUUGCAUGGCAGCACACACAGCUGUUUAGACAAAGUUUAAAUGAUGGAGAAGAUUGUUUUGAGAUAAUUAUAAAAUUCAGUGAACUUUGAAUAUUCAAAAAAAAAGAAGACACCUGUAACGAGUAAGGACUGCUGGCACAAAAUAUUCAAAAGCAAAUGUUGGAAUGUCUUGCCCUUAACAUUGCAUUUACCAUAGGACAAUGGUGAAGAAAUAGAUUUUGUUAGUGUGGCAUACAAAGAAAUCCUGGUAUCUUGUAAGUGUGCCCUUGAGAACAGGCCAAAUGCCUACUUAUCCAAAAAUGUAGCAUUUUGUAUUCAAAAAACAAAAAAACCCUUAUGAACCCAAUUCUGUACACUUUACCUUGGUAGUAAACCUCAUUGGACAAAAUGGAAUUUACUUCGGAGUAAGCAUGCACAGGAUCAGGUUGCAUGUCUUUUAAGGUUGAGACUCCUACUUUCUUCUUAUCAAUCUAUACUUGAAAAUAGUUUUUUUUAAUGAAAAUGGAGUCAAGAAUUCUGUUUAAGCUGGAUCCAGAAAUGUGAUUGCUUUAAAAAAUGUCCAUGCGUAAUGUUUGAAUCUUCUGUUUGCUCAUAAUUUUAUAAUAGAAAGUUUAUUGCAUUCUGUGGAAUAAUUAGCAGCUCCUGAUGUCAUUUUUGGUUGAAUUUAAAUUCUGUUUAGGCUUUAAAUGAACCUUUAUUGACAGAAUAGCAAAUUUGGAAGUCUAUUAAGUCCUUCUUAAAUUUCCCAAGUUAAAUAUGUACUCCAAUUUAAGAAUUAAAUAUUUUGGACCUUGGUCAUAAAAGAAAAUAAACUAAGUGUGUCCCUAAAA